AUGUUCCGUCUGCCGACCUCCCUUCCCGCGCGGGCGCUCGCGCGCUCGCUGUCGCGCCGCCUGUCCACGGCGGUCGCCGCGGAGGUCGAGAUCCCGCGCGCGGUCGACACGGCCGGCCGCUACGCCACCGCUCUGUACAACGCCGCGCGCAAGACCGGCUCGCUGGACGCCGUGAUCGGUGACGUGUCGCGUAUGCAGAACAUGACCACGGAGAACGCCACGCUCGAGCGCUUCCUCGCUAACCCCACCCUGCCGCGCACCGCAAAGACAGAGGUCGUGUCCGACAUCGUCCGCAAGGCCGCCUUCUCCGACAUCUUCUCCCACUUCUUCAUCGUCAUGGCCGAGAACGGCCGCACGGGGGAGACCACGAAGACCCUACAGUCGUUUCAGGAUAUCAUCGCCGCGCUCAAGGGAGAGGUUGUCGUCAAGGUCACCACGACAAUGCCGCUAUCCGAUUGGGAGCUCGCGCUGCUCAAGAAAGAGAUCAAGGCUAGGUUUUUCGCGGACAAGCCGAAUGCGGAGCUUACUGUUGAGACGGCUAUUGACCAGAGCUUGCUCGGCGGGUUGACCAUCAUGGUCGGCGAUCGCUUCAUGGAUCUUUCGACAAGGACCGAGCUGCGCAAGCUGCAGGAAGUCAUACUCAAGUCGGUUUCGUAGGGACGCCCGUCUUUCUUUGCUUUGCGCCGUCGCCGCGGGAGAGCCGAAGCCCUUCUAUACCUCGCCAACACUUGCAAGCCCGUUGGGGUUACAUUGCCGAACAGCUUUCCUCACCCGAUUCGUGCGCGUGCAGUUUUUUUAACUCAGAGUCGCCCCAUAGUCGAGCAACGAUUUCAUACUCUUGUUUUUUUUGUAGCCCUGGCCUAGACCGCGUGUCGGGCCCUACUCGAUCUCUGCGCACAGCAUAGAGAUACUAUCAAUGUCUCCAUCAGGCGCGUCGUAUCCAAUAUUACAGUACACUAUACCACUUUUGUCACCAA